UGUGCAAUCAUGCAGUUUCUUUUUGCCCACUCAAGGAAAGAAGGAGCACUAUUGUCUUCUGGUCAAACAGGUUUAUGCAGCGGCCAGAACAAUGGAUUCCAGGCUAAGUGUAGUAACAGAAGAGUCUGUUAAGAAGAGCACCCUUAGGAAAUACAAAAUAAUAUGUAUUGUUCUUCUUGCCUUGUUGGUGAUCGUGUCACUUGGAUUAGGCCUGGGGCUUGGACUCAGGAAACCAGAAGGGCAAGAAAGCUGCAGGAAAAAAUGCUUUGAUUCAUCAUACAGAGGACUAGAGGGCUGCCGAUGUGAUGCAGGAUGUAACAACCGUGGCGAUUGCUGCUGGGAUUUUACAGGCACCUGUGUGGAACCAGCUCAAAUAUGGACAUGCACUAAAUUUCGGUGUGGGGAGACCAGACUAGAGAACACGCUUUGCUCGUGUGCAGACGACUGUUUGCAGAGGAAAGACUGCUGCACCAACUACAAGAGCGUUUGCCAAGGAGAAACCUCAUGGGUGAAUGAAGACUGUAUCUCUGCCCAGCAGUCUCAAUGUCCAGAAGGGUUUGACCUGCCACCAGUUAUCCUAUUUUCAAUGGAUGGCUUCAGAGCUGAGUAUUUGCAAACAUGGAGCACUUUAAUGCCUAAUAUCAAUAAACUGAAAACAUGUGGAAUUCAUUCAAAAUACAUGAGGCCUGUGUAUCCUACCAAAACCUUUCCAAAUCAUUAUACCAUUGUUACGGGCUUAUAUCCAGAAUCACAUGGCAUCAUUGAUAAUAACAUGUAUGAUGUAAAUCUCAACAAGAACUUUUCACUUUCUUCAGCGGAGAAAAAUCAACCAACCUGGUGGCAGGGGCAACCGAUAUGGCUGACAGCAAUGUAUCAAGGUCUAAAAGCUGGUACCUUCUUUUGGCCGGGAUCUGAUGUGGCUAUAAAUCAGACCUUCCCUUCCUUGUAUUCACCUUACAACGGAAGCAUCCCAUAUGAGAAGAGGGUCACUACAUUGUUGGAAUGGUUGGACUUGCCCAAAGCUGAAAGACCUGAUUUUUAUACCAUCUAUGUGGAACAGCCUGAUUCUGCGGGACACAAUAAUGGGCCAGUCAGUGCCGCAGUAAUCCAAGCCUUACAGUCAGUAGAUAAUGCUUUCGGAAUGCUGAUGGAAGGCUUAAAACAGCGGAACUUACACAACUGUGUGAAUAUAAUCGUUUUGGCUGACCAUGGAAUGGACCAGACUUCCUGUGACAAGAUGGAGUAUAUGACUGAUUAUUUUCAACAAAUAUACUUCUAUAUGUAUGAAGGACCUGCUCCCCGCAUCAGGAGUCGUAAUAUACCUCUUGACUUUUUUAGCUUUAAUUCUGAAGAAGUUGUUAGGAACCUCAGUUGUCGAAAACCUGAUCAGCACUUCAAACCCUACCUGACUCCUGAUUUGCCCAAACGACUCCACUAUGCCAACAAUGUCCGAAUUGACAAAGUUCAUCUCAUGGUGGAUCGGCAGUGGCUGGCUGUGAGGAAUAGACUAAGUUCGUACUGUGGAGGAGGCAACCAUGGUUAUAACAAUGAAUUUAAGAGCAUGGAGGCUAUAUUUUUGGCACAUGGACCCAAUUUUAAAGAGAAAACUGAAGUUGAACCAUUUGAAAAUAUUGAAGUCUAUAACCUAAUGUGUGAUCUUUUACGCAUUCAGCCGGCACCAAACAACGGUACCCAUGGCAGCUUAAACCAUCUUCUGAAGUUGCCUUUUUAUGAACCAACCCAUGCACAAGAAGCAUCAGAAUUGUCUGUUUGUGGCUUUACUGCUUCACUGCCCACAGAUAGUCUAAACUGCUCAUGCUCUGAACUGCAAGACAAUGAAAUAGAAAGUGUGAAUCAAAUGCUAAACCUCACUGAAGAAGACAUAACAGCCACAGUGAAACUAAAUAUGCCAUUUGGGAGGCCCAGGGUUAUACAGAAGAACAAGGAACACUGUCUCCUUUACCACAAAGAAUAUGUCAGUGGCUUCGGAAAAGCUCUGAGGAUGCCCCUGUGGACUUCAUACACAGUCCCCAAGCCAGGAGACACAUCGCCUCUUCCUCCCACUGUCUCAGACUGUCUGCGGGCUGAUGUCAGGGUUGCUCCUUCUGAGAGCCAAAAUUGUUCCUUUUAUUCAGCAGACAAGGAUAUCACCCACGGCUUCCUCUAUCCGCCUGGAAACAACCAAACUUCUCAGAGUCAAUAUGAUGCCUUAAUCACAAGUAAUGUUGUCCCUAUGUAUGAAGAAUUCAAAAAAAUGUGGGACUACUUCCACAAUGUGCUUCUUAUAAAAUAUGCCAUGGAAAGAAAUGGAGUAAAUGUUGUCAGUGGGCCAGUGUUUGAUUAUAAUUAUGAUGGUCAUUUUGAUGCCCCAAAUGAAAUUACAAAUUACAUAGCCAACACCAGUGUUCCCAUCCCAACACACUACUUUGUGGUGCUGACAAGCUGCACAAACAAGAGCAACACAGCCGAAAACUGCCCCGAGCCGCUGGACGUCCUCCCUUUCAUCAUCCCGCACCGACCCACCAACGUGGAGAGCUGCCCUGAAAACAAAACAGAGGAUCUCUGGGUUGAAGAAAGAUUUAAAGCACACAUCGCCCGAGUCCGUGACAUCGAACUUCUUACUGGGCUGGAUUUUUAUCAGGAAAAAGCACAGCCUGUCUCUGAAAUUUUGCAACUGAAGACAUACUUACCCACAUUUGAAACCGUCGUUUAAGUCAAUGUGUAAAGCAAUGUUGCCAAAUCUAGAUGAUUUUUUUUUCUGCUGGAGAACCAUAAAAUAAAGUGUUCUAUUUUUCCUUAA